UUUUGGUCUCAUAUAACCAAAACUUUUCUACUCAUCCCAACUUCCUCAAUAUGGAUGCCUUCCCGGCCAUCUUGGACGAAAAUAUAAAUGAUGUGCCGCCGCCGACCUCCACUGCAGCGAUUGAGGAGGCCACCUUACCCGCCACCGCCACACCGGACACCAGAUCCGAGCCCGUGAACAGCAUCAAAGAAGAACCAGAAACUCUCGCGUCCGAAGAAAUUUCCUCCGACGAAAUCUCCAACCACGGAACUCCAAUUGCUCCGGAAUCCGACCAGAAUGGAUCCCAACAGUCCCCGAUUUCGCACCCUGAUUCAGAGGAAGAAGAAGAGGACGAGGAGGAGGACGACGACGACGAAGAAGAAGAGGCCCCACCUAAGAAGCAAAAACAGCUAUCGGAUUUGCCUAAACCUGAACUCCUAGAGAAUGAUAUUGCCGAAAUACCCUCGGCCAUGGAAGGAGCUACGCCCCCAGCUCAAAAUGGAAAGGCUACAGCUGCGAAGACGAGCAAGAAGUUGAAGAAGAAGAACAAGGAUGUGUGGACGACGACCACAAGGAAGGGGAAGAAAAAGGCCAAAAACGCCUCCAAUGGAAACCACAGUUCCAAAAAUACCACGGGUACCAACACGGCAACUGAAGAUAAGGUUUUGAUAACCCCUAUCCCGAGGUUCCCUGACAAAAGUGAUGAUAGCCCGGAUUUGAAGAUUUGCCUGUCGAAGGUUUAUAAGGCUGAAAAGGUGGAAUUAAGCGAGGAUAGAUUGAGUGCUGGCAGCACGAAGGGGUACAGAAUGGUUAGGGCGACAAGGGGGGCUGAAGAGGGCGCAUGGUAUUUCGAGAUUAAGGUGGUGCAUCUGGGUGAGACAGGGCAUACAAGGUUGGGGUGGUCCACAGAUAAAGGGGACUUGCAGGCUCCUGUGGGGUAUGAUGGGAAUAGCUUUGGAUAUAGGGAUAUUGAUGGGAGUAAAGUGCACAAGGCAUUGAGGGAGAAGUAUGGGGAGGAAGGAUAUAAAGAAGGUGAUGUUAUCGGUUUUUAUAUUAAUUUGCCAGACGGAGGGUCCUAUGCUCCUGAUCCUCCACGCAUGGUUUUGUACAAGGGCCAGCGGUAUGUUUGUGCUCCCAAUCCCAAGGAGGACCCCCCAAAAGUUGUGCCAGGAAGUGAGAUGUCCUUUUUCAAAAAUGGUAUAUGCCAAGGUGUUGCUUUCAAGGAUCUUUAUGGUGGUCGUUACUAUCCUGCAGCUUCAAUGUAUACUCUUCCGAACCAACCCAAUUGUGUUGUCAAGUUCAAUUUUGGUCCUGAUUUUGAACAGUUCCCAGAUGACUUUGGUGAACGUCCUGCCCCAAGACCAAUGAUUGAAGUUCCUUAUCAAGCUGUUGAUGGCAGAGUUGAGAAUGGUAGUCCAUGGAAUAUCACCAGAAUGAGCCCCAUGUACAAAGUGGUAAAAGGGAAUACUACUGCUGAAAUGGGUGAUCAAGCUUGAGGAAUACACUCAGGUUGGUUAUGUUCAAGCUACUUGGCUGUGUCUACUAUCUGUUUUUGUCUUGCCUGAUUAUAGAUUGUAAGUAUGUGGAGUAACUGAAUCUUUUGGUGUGAGGACAAUCUAUGACGCCUGUAGCAUGUUUGUAAUGUGGGUUGAUCAUUACUAGCCACUACACUAGACAGAAUAAAGAAGAAAAAGUAGUCCAUUGUACUGUCCAAUUUCUUAUCAAAUGCUAUGUAUCCAAUAUGUCGCUGGUGUACAGUUCAAACCAGGGGGUUAAUGUCAAUAGUAGCUCCAUGUUUCAUAUUUUUUCUUGUGCUAGUACCAAUCUAUCUUUCCUUUUUCGAUGUAAAAUUUGCAUUUCUUUUCAUUA